GUAAACAUUUAUAUAGGAUUGUUCAAUAUCGUACAUCGUGCUGUUAUUAUUAAAUUUCAGGUUGGAAAAAGAAUAAUAUUAAGUACAAUAUGCUGAGAGGAAUCCUGUCAAAAGUUUCACAAACAUACCAAGUGCAAAGAUGUGCAGUACAAACCAGAUAUCGAAUUUCAACAGCAUUGAACAUAACAAGCACUUGCACAGGCAAGGAUUUGCAACCGAGUGGACCGAUCCAAUCGCAAACUGAUAGUUACCUCCACAUUCUUAAAAACGCAACCGAUGCUAAAGAAGUUUUGGAAUUCAUGCCUGCCCUCAACAAGCGUGAUAUAAAUCGGCAAGCCGUUACCCUAGCGGCAUUGAAAUCUCUUUUCGAACUGCACAAACAGGGCAAAACUAGUAUUCAACGAAAUGAGAUUUUGAACCAUUCGCGCUUUUCUGAAUUGUGCAAAGCGCUUAAGCACGAGUCACGAUCAUUCAUGAUAAACGAUGUCACGGAGAGUCUGAAAAUACUUACUUAUUUUGGAGUUCAUUCCAACAGUGAAAUCAUGACUGUCCUGUUGAACCUGCUACGGUAUCAAAUCAAUGAUGUUACACUUGAUCAUAUCGUGUUUCUGGAUUUCAUUUUAAAGAAAAUGGAACGAAGUCCGCUAAUUGAAGCUCUUCAACUGGCCCUUCCAAUGUUACUACAAAUUCAAAUAUCUUACAAAAUGGAUCAUGAAAACAUUCAACAGUUAGUAGAUUUGCUGGGCUUCAUCACGCAACACAACGUUUCGAACCGUUGUAUCACUAAUGUACUAAGUGCUCUAACACUGCAUGGUGCUAAUCUUAGUAGUCAACAAGCUGCGGAUAUUUUAAUUUCAAUGACCGAGUGUAUAAACUUCGAACCUGUCCAUUUGAAAUUGUUAGAUAAUGUAUUCGAAGUGUUGACUAAAGGACUUAAUCAACUCAGUUUCAAAACCGUUGACUUCAUAUUGAAAAAGAUGGUCGAAAAAAAUGUGGACAGAUAUCCAAUGUUGUACAACGACGCUUUUCUAAAGUGUUGCUCACAAUUCCCUGUGGACAAUGAUCUCGGUCUGAUGAAUGCCUUAUACUUACAGAAAAAGCUUAACAAAAUAGCGUACCUACAUGUUCCGUUACUAGAAUAUAUAGCUUCGCAUGCUCACAGUCUAUCAAUCGUUCCAAAAGCUGGUAUCAUAACAAUUGUAGCUGCGUUUUCGAAUGCAAAUUAUAAACCUUCGAACUGGAAUACCAUUAAGUCUGAAAUUCAACAACAUUCAACUAUUUCGAAUGCCUCCAUUCCGUGGAUACGUUACAACUUGGAGCUUCUAUCGCUGGAUAUAUUCAAUAAACAGUUGAUCCGACAAUAUCUGGAACCAUUCAUUUUGGAAAAGAAUAUGGCACGAAAUUCCGUUGUUGACUACUUGCAACUACUAGAACUUUCCCAAGCUCUGCAACUGCUACAUCCGGAGUAUGAUGGGCCGCUACCUGAUGCACGAUACCUUGAAAAGGCAACGGCUCUUCUUCACGAGGACAUAGAAUUACCAUUACUAAAACCACUCGAAGUCAUAUUCGGUGGUGAGGGAAGCGUUUUGUCUCAAGUCACUACAGGUUAUGGGCACGUGCUACAUCAUGUCGUUGUAUUCGACCAGAAUGGAAUAGCCAUCAAGCAUGCGGACUAUACCGAGGAAAAACGUGCACGAAUUGAAGACCUAUUUGGCGGAGGAAAGCAACCAGUUGUCGUCUUGUGUGUUCCGAAAAGCUUCUAUGCCAUCAAUAUCAAUCGGCUCAGGGGGAGAUUCGCAAUGAACAUUCGAACUAUCGAGACCUUAGGGGUUCCUGUUGUCCCAAUAUCCUACCAGCUGUGGUACAACUUACCUGAAGCAGAGCGGAUACCUUUCCUUGAACGAGAAAUUAGAACAAAACUAGCACAAAAGAACCAAUAAACUUGGUUUGUUAAUAAAAGACUAGUAAACUA